GUUUAAUUAAUCCUCAUCGUUGCUGAACAGGAUGAUUGACGUUCGGGCAUGGGCAGAGUAUGUGGUGGAGUGGGCUGCCAAGGACCCCUACGGUUUCCUCACCACUGUCAUACUGGCUCUCACACCUCUCUUCAUUGCCAGCGCACUGCUGUCCUGGAAACUAGCCAAGAUGAUUGAGGCACGUGACAGGGAACAGAAGAAAAAGCAGAAACGCCAGGAAAACAUAGCCAAGGCCAAGAGGACCAAGAAAGACUGAGCCUGUGAGGGUAGAAUGAGGGCGGGAAAAAACCACACGCUCAUAGCCCUCCUUAUUCCAAAAAAAAUGACACAGUGCCCUUCCUUGUCCCAGCCCUACUGUCAGCACAGGGCCACUACGCCUCAUGUCCGGGGUAGGAGGAGGGACACUGGCCCCACAGGCCUAACAGUGCUGAGACGGACAGUAUUGCCUGGAGGAGGCUCGUCCCAGUGGGACUUUGGUCAGCAAGAGCACAGUGGUCAUCUGUAUGAUGCUUUUAUACAGAGAUCCGCUGAUAAUAUUGUGCAGCUGUUGCAACACCUUGCAUUCCAUUGUUAGCAUCCAUGUUCUGCCGAAUUGACGAUGUAAUGAGCAUACUGGAACUUUUUCCAAGUCACUUGCAAAAUAUCCAAAGUACUACUUUCUAAUCAAUAAAGUUUUCAUGGUUGAUAAGAAAAUCUAAUUUCCUCUGUGUGGAGUUAAUAUUGGUUUGGAAAAAAAAUAUUGUAAAUGCUUUAAAUUCAGAUCACAUAAAAUUGCUCCUCCCCCUCAUGUUUUUAUUUUCUUUGGUUUUGUAACACUGAACCAGUGUUUAUUAGCCUUUUAUGCACAGAGUCUAAUGUUAAAGAGAAAACAAUAACGGUGUGACAAGUGGAUUCAGGUUAAACACUCCUGUGUCUGCAAGGUUCCACUCCUGGUUAGUCAGUUUGUAAAAUAAACUACAGUAUGAAGACAAAAGAGUCAAACAAGGCCAGAAGGAUAAAAGAACAUUUCCAAGGCACUGAAUAUCCCUCGCAGUACAGGAAGGUCAAACAUAAAAACAAAAAAUAUGCAACGGCUGUAAAAGACCAACUUGCUGCCAAAGGUGCCAUUAAAUAUUGACAUGAAGGGAGUGAACCGGGACUGUUUUGGCCAGGUUUUUAUUGUUAUGCAGACAACUAUCUUGUGUUUUAUAUAGUGUAUGCUCGUCAAUUUUUUAAAUCUCGAUUUGUGUUAAAUUUGGUCUAUUUAUUAGUACGAAAAACAAAUUAUUCACUGUGACUUGCUGUAAAAUAAAACAUUCAAAAGUC